CCUCAAUGCAUCCCCAACUAUCAGGCCAAAAGCGUAUCGACUGCAAGGAACUCGUCGAGGCGCUGGAAGCCUGCGAGGCCGACCCCUACUCGAAAUGGACGGAUAAAUGUUCGAACAUUGAGAACCUGCUGAAUAAGUGCCUAAUUGCGGCUCGCAAUAAUCGGUCGGCACAGAACCGCGAGGAAUCCAAGCGAAAGAAGGCCGAGUUCGAAAAGGCGAAGAAGGACUUUUGGGAGAGCUGAGCGCUGUUAUGGCAGUCUCCUCAUCGGUGCGCGGCGUUAGUCAACGCGCUUCAAUGCCUCUAGCUUUCCUAUUGUCCUUUUACGUCGGUACGGGUCCUUUUGGGUUCUUGUGAUGCACACCUCCUCUCAUCACCAAGGUUCUACAUGCGAAAUGCACGUUUCCUCCAUGUUUGUGAAUUCAGUAUCACGCUAGAAGUUACGCAUCGCGGUGAGUGCAAGUCGACUGCGUGCCCUUUCUGACACAGCAGAUUGCGGCCAGAUCCGAAAGCCACUGGCUGCUGGCAAGCGACCGUCCUGGGACCGCGCUUGUCUUACUGAACCG